GCCGCCCCGUUUAGCUGGGAUGAAACUGGUGACUUGGAACGUGAACGGGCUCCGGGCAGGAGCGGGGUCGGCGGGGUUGAAGCAGCUCCUGGAUUCUUUGGGAGCGGAUCUUAUUUGCUUGCAGGAGACUAAGAUAACCCGUGACCUGUUGGAGGAACCAUUGGCUAUAGUGGAGGGCUAUAGCUCCUACUUCAGUUUCAGUCGCACUCGCAGUGGUUAUUCAGGCGUUGCAACCUUCUGUAGAGCAAGUGCCACCCCAGAAGCAGCUGAGGAGGGCUUGUCUGGGCUGUUUACCAAGCACAGUGGAGCAGUCGGUUGUUAUGGAAACACAGAGGACUUCACAGUUGAUGAGCUCAAGGCCCUGGACAGUGAAGGCCGGGCAGUUCUAACCCGUCAUCGCAUACGCACUUCAGAACAGCAGGAAAUUAUGCUGACUGUCAUCAAUGUGUAUUGCCCUCGCGCUGACCCUGAAAAGCCAGAACGUGGAGACUUCAAGUUGCAAUUCUACCGCCUCUUGCAAGCCCGGGCUGAAGCUCUUCUUAGAGCUGGAGGCCAUGUGAUCAUCCUGGGAGACAUCAAUACUGCACACAGGUCCAUCGAUCACUGUGAUCCAGGAGACUUGGAAUCCUUCCAGGAGCAUCCUGGGCGCCGCUGGCUGGACGGUUUCCUUUGGGAGCCUGGUAGAGAUUCUGAGAACGAGAAUCUCUUUGUUGAUACUUUCCGCUUUCUGAACCCGAGUCAGGAUGAAGCCUAUACUUGCUGGUGUAACGUAACAGGAUCCCGGCAUUUGAACUAUGGUACCCGCAUUGACUACAUCUUGGCUGACCGUGCUCUGGCAUUGUUGGAACUGACCGAUGCCCAGAUCAUGCCAGAGGUGCUGGGCUCUGACCACUGUCCCGUCCAGGCUGUGCUGAAAAGUACCUGCUUAGCUGCCCCACGGUGUCCCCCGCUCUGCACCCGGUUCCUGCCUGAGUUUGCUGGCAUCCAACAGAAGCUCAGCCGGUUUCUGAUAAAAGUGGAACAGACCCAACUGCCUGAGAAGGGGCAGAAACGGGACAAAGCAGAGAGAACUGCCUUGGGGGAUUUGAAGAAAAGGCGGACCGGCCCAGCACAGAAAGGGCAAGGGGAUUUACGUAGCUUCUUCAAAGCUGGGAACUUGGAUGUUCAGCCUGUGGAUGGUGGAAGGGGCCAGUCAGUUUUGAAUGUGGUCCAGAGGGCGGCAGCAGAGGAUUCUGGGAAACAGCCUCCUAUGAAGAGUGCUGAAAGGAUAGCUGAUAAAUGUGGGGUGGAGGAAGUCUCAGGGGUAACCCAGACACCUGUCAAGAGUCCAAAGAAGGCACCCUCCAAGGGUGUGACCAGCAAGGCAGCUAUGAAUUGUGAGAAAAACACACUUCCCUCUACGCAAAAUCAGUUUGUGUUGUGGAAGUCACUGCUACCUGGCCCUGCACACCCACCUUGCUGCAAGGCCCACAAAGAGCCCUGUGUGUUGCGGACAGUGAAGAAACAAGGGCCAAAUUGUGGACGGCGCUUCUUUGUCUGUGCCCGGCCUCUGGGGAAGCCCUCGGAUCCCCGUGCACGGUGUGACUACUUCCUGUGGGCCAGCUAGGACACUUCCUGAGUGGAACAAGGGGAGACUGAAUCUGAUUUGUGGUUUGGGUGCUAUGUGCUCCAUUUGAAUUGCCCAGGCAGGCCACUCUGACUUGGGAUGAGUAAUUCCAAGUGGCUGCGUGAGGUCAAGGAUGCAGAUUUUUUUCUGCUCAACAUGUCUCUUUUAUAUCUCAGGAAUUUCUACAAGGACUUGGGCAACCUUUGAUCUCAGUCCUCUUUUCGCUGUUGCCCCAUAAAAAACUUAAAUCUUUGUCAUUGUGAGAAAAUGACUCUCCUUUGUAGAAAACACAUUUUUAAAAAACAUUUGUUAAAAUAAAGAUCUUUGGUCAAAACAAAGAAACAAA